AUGAAUAUAAUAUAUUUUUGUUUUUUUAUUGAAUUAGUAAAAUUGUUUGUUAAUGGAUUAAAAAAUAAUAAAAAAAUAUAUAAUAAAUUAUAUAUACAAAAAACAGAAAGUUUAUUAUUCCUUAAUCAUAAUAAUAUAAAUAAAAAUUUGGAAAAAAGAAAAAAUAUAUUUGCUCAUAAUGAAAAACAAAUAUUAAAAAAUAAAAGUGAUAUAAAUACAUUAAGUAAAAAAAACAAAAUAUCUUUUACAAAAAGUAAACAAAUUGCUACAAUAGGGCCUGCAUCAGAAAAUUUCCAAGAGUUAGAAAAACUUUAUUUAAGUGGGAUAGAUGUAUUUAGAUUAAAUUUUUCUCAUGGUUUAAAGAACAUUAAAAAGUACAUAAUUGAUUCUAUUAGAAUUUUAGAAAAAAAAUAUGACACAUCUAUAGGAAUUUUAGGAGAUAUACAAGGACCCAAAAUUAGAAUAGGGGAAUUUGAAAAAAAUGAAAAUAAUGAAAAAGAAAAAAAUGCGUUUGUUGAAUUAAAAGAAGGAGAUUUUUUUCAUUUUGAUUUAUUGGAUGAACCAGGAAAUCAAAGUAGAGUACAAUUAAAUUACCCAGAAUUAUUAAAAAAUAUAAAAAUUGGGCAAAUGAUAUUAUUAGAUGAUGGAAAUUUAAAAAUGAAAGUCAUUAAAACUAAUCAUGAUCCAAAUAAUAAAAAUAUAUCUAUAAAGGUAGAAGUAAUAACAGGAGGGAAAUUGUAUAGUAAGAAAGGAUUUAGUAUUCCUAAUAUGAUUAUGCCUAUUGAAGUAUUAAAUGAAAAAGAUAUAAAAGAUAUUUUAUUUUGUAUAAAUGAAGAAGUAGAUUUCUUAGGAUAUUCCUUUGUACAAACUGAAUAUGAUUUGCUUUUUUUAAAAAAUAUUAUCAACGAUUACUAUAAAAGUGACUUUUAUAAAAACAAAGAAAAAAAUAGAAUUAAUUAUAAUAUAGAAAGUUUAAAAAUAGCAGAUUUUGAUGAUGAAAACGAUUUUUAUAUUAAAGAAGUCAAUGAUUAUUAUCAUAACUAUUAUUUAAAAAAUUACGAUAAGUAUAAAAAAAUAUAUGAUGUGUAUAAAAACCAAAAUUUGAAUAUAGAAGAUAAUAAAAACAGUGAAGAAGAUGUUGAUAUUUAUAAUGAUCCUAUACGAAAUAAAAAUCAAUUUAUUAAUAAUAAUCAAAAUAAUAUGAAUAUAAAAAAUGAUCCUAUAAAUGAUACCAAUAAUAAUGAAGUAUUGGAUGAUAUAAAUAGAAUUUAUAUAAUUUCUAAAAUUGAAAAACCAUCUGCAGUAAAAAACAUUGAAAAUAUUAUAAAACAAUCAGAUGGAAUAAUGAUAGCAAGAGGUGAUUUAGGAAUUGAAACAAAUUUAUCAAAUUUACCAAUUUUACAAAAAAAAAUUAUAAAUUUAUGUAGAAUAAAAUAUAAUAAACCGGUUAUUGUUGCUACACAAAUGCUAGAAAGUAUGAGGUUUCUACCAUCUCCAACAAGAGCAGAAAUCAGUGAUGUUGCUACAGCUUUAUAUGAUGGUUCUGAUUGCGUUAUGCUAUCUGCUGAAACCGCUACUGGUCACUAUCCAAUUUUAACUGCUUCUACACAAAAUAGUAUAAUUAAAGAUGUAGAAAAUGAUUACUAUUAUUAUGAAUAUACACAAAAAAAAAAUGAUAAGGUAAAGAAUAUAGAACAGAGAAAUAAUCUUUUCCACGAUGAUUCUACUUUUAGUAAAAUAAAAAAAGAUAAUGAUAAUUCUUAUUUUGAAAAAUUAAUUUACAGUAUAAGAGAUAUAAGUAAUAAUAUCAAUUUAAAAUCUAUCAUUUUAUUUUCCAAUGAAUUUAAAAAAAUUCAAAAAUUAAGUAAUUUAAGAACUAAAGCACCAAUUAUUGUUAUAACAGAAAAUGUUUAUUUAGCAAGAAAAUUACAAUUAACAUGGGGUAUAUAUCCUUAUCUUUCAAAAAAGAAAAAUUUAUUCAAUAAUGAUUUAUUUACAUUAAUUAAUUACGGUUGUAACGUAUCAAAAGAAGAAGGAUUUAUUAAUUCCGCUGAUGAUUAUUCACUUGUAACUUUUACAAAAAAUAUUAACUCCGCUAAUUUACUCUAUUUGUGUCAACCAUAUUUAACUAACUUAAAAUGA